AUGUCCGAUACAUUUAACCCGCCUAUCCCAUCCACAACCCUCAGCACCACAUGCCAGAAUUGUCAUCAUGAUCUAUUGUGGCCGUCCUUCAACAAGCUGCAGCAAUUGUCGUGCCAAGAAGAGAAGAUCUCCAAUAAAAAGUGCGAUAAAGCCGUCCCCGAAUGCGGCCAAUGUUGGCGCGCGGGUCAGAAAUGCCCUGGGUACAGAGACCCCUCAACCCUCAUCUUUCGCGAUGAGAGCACCCAGGUCAUCAACCGCGCCCGCUCAAAAGUCUCCAAGAAGACGUCGGCGGCCAACCCAACCGACCACGCGGGGAAGCGCACCACUCCACCACAGGCGCCGAUCCAACAACAAAACACCGUACCGGACUGUCAUGCCAGCUGCCCCUCCGAUGCCGCCGGCGAGACCAUGUUGGCCAUGAGGGAUGUCGACGUAGGAGCCGAGAUGUUCGCCGGCAACUUCAUGCCCGAGUUGAUGAGCUCCCACGAUCCGUUCAACCUCGACGAGGCUGGGCUCUUCUCCCUCCACCAGGCUGCCACGCCCAGCAUCUUGCCAGUAUCGUGCGACGGUCUUGAAUCUGCUGCUCCUGUCCCCGAUUCGACGUCUAGGUGUCGUUCUCGUGUCGGCGCUUCUAGCGUAGGCGGCGACGAUGUGGCUCUUGAUCAGUUCCCUGAUGACGGCGGCGAUGGCGAACGGCUACGACACAAUAACUUCAGCAGGAGUCAGUCUGAGGUCAUAGCACCUCCAUUCUCUUUGCCGCUCGUCAUCCUUGGUCUCGAUUUCUUCCUCUCUCACUACGUCGUUCGGCAGUCCGGUCCCUCGUCCGGCUUCUUCGACUACGUUCCGGCCAUGCUGGCGCAAGACGACGGUGGCAAUGACAUGCUCGAGGGUGCUAUUUUGGCUCUCAGCUUCAGUGGGCUCGCUCGCACCACUAGUCAGGCCGGCCUGUUAACACGAUCCAUGAUGAUGUACACCCGCUCCAUGGAGCGCGUCAAUCUCGCUCUUGCUGACCCCCAGACCGCCCGUCACGACAGCACCAUUGUCUCUGUUCUCGUCCUCGCCCUCUACGAAUUCAGCAAGGCCUCCAUCGAUGGCUGGAAGCACCACAUUGAGGGCGCCAUUUCGCUCCUCAACCUGCGCGGCCGCUCCCAGUUCUCCACCUCGGCCGGCCUGCAAAUCUUCAAGGAUGUCUUCUCCCAGCUCCUGACUAACUGCCUGCGCUCCGGCUCCCCCAUGCCCUCGAGCCUACGCAUGCUGCGCAUCGAGGCCGCCAAUGCUAUCAGCGUUUCCGAUCCCUACUGGGUCGCCUGCAGCGGCAUGGUCGAGCUUCUGGAUCUCUAUCAGCAUAUAUCCCCCGGCGGUUACUCGUUCUUUCCCAACUCUUCUGGCGCCUCUUCUGCUCCCGCCGAUCCUUCCGAUUCCUCCAACUCUCCCUCUACAGCCUCCGGUUCCUCUCCCGCCUUUCCCUCCUCUGUGCCCCCCGGUUCUCUCAGAGGUGCCAACAGGUCGAUUGAGCACCUCGAGCGCUACCUCUCACAGGCACUCGAGAUUGACUAUCGCCUUGAGAGCACCUUCUCCAAGUGCCCUCCCGAGUGGCAGUUCACUGCCACGUCCAACUUGCCCAGCAGCAGCAACGAUCCGAUGUGCAUCCAGCGAGACGUCAACCAUAUCUACUACGAUGUCUGGAUCGCCUCCCCACCUCCUCCUCGCGGCGCUAACACCGAUAGCAAUUGGUUCUUCGCCAACAACUAUGCCGACCGCCUGCACCAGGCCACCCAGACCAUCGUCCGCCUGCGCGACGAAAUGCUCGCUUCCGUACCCCAGCUCAUGGGCUGCGCCACCUCCCCGGCGCAGGAACAGCAGCUGCAACAGCAGCAGCAGGACGAGCGCUCUCAAAAUAAUCCCGGCUUGACCGUUGGCUGCUACUUUGCCUGCUGGGCUCUCUUCACCGUGGGCUGCAUGCACAACCUCAGCCAUGAGACCCGUGUAUGGACGGUCGCCCAGUUGCGCAGAAUCAGCUCUCAAACAGGUCUUGCGCAGGCAGAUGAUUUCGCCAACUUUGUCCAAUCGAGCAACCUCCGUCCACCAUUGAGUGGGUGGUAG